UAUGCGUAUUGGUUAAAUUACCAUAGAAAUAAAUAGAACAAGUAACAACAACCUUUGGUUAGAAUAUUUGAAGAAAGACCUCACAAGUCGACAUGGAUAAAGGAGAGAUUCCAGAGGACGCCAACGAGCAUUGCCCAGGUCCCCAAGCCGAAACUGCUGGAAAGUCAGAGUCCUGCGCAGGUUGCCCUAAUCAACAAGUAUGUGCCAGUGGCACUGCUCCUAAGGGACCUGAUCCAGAUUUGGUUGCUAUAUCUGAAAGAAUGGCAACCGUGAAGCACAAGAUACUGGUUCUUUCUUGCAAAGGCGGGGUUGGUAAGAGCACUUUCUCAGCUCAGCUCUCGUUUGCCCUAGCGGGAAUGGACCAUCAAGUAGGCCUGAUGGACUUGGACAUAUGCGGGCCAAGCAUGCCCAAAAUGUUAGGCCUGGAAGGGCAAGGCAUUCACAAGAGCAACUUCGGAUGGCAACCGGUUUACGUGGGAGACAACCUCGGUGUCAUGUCCAUAUCUUUCGUGUACCCCGAGUCUGCUGACGAGCCUGCCAUCUGGAGCGGUCCACGCAAAACCGAUCUCAUCAAACGGUUUUUAAAAGACGUUUACUGGAGCGACAUCGAUUACCUUGUGGUUGACACCCCACCAGGAACCUCAGACGAGCACAUCACCAUCUCCAGUUGCCUUGCGGGGAUCGACGGUGCUAUCAUCGUCACGACUCCCCAGGAAGUAGCCAUGGCCGACGUUAGAAAGGGAGUGAACUUUUGCAAGAGAAAAGGGAUCGACGUGCUGGGAGUAGUAGAGAACAUGAGUGGUUUAGUUCAACCGUUGAGUGACUUCAAGUUCACGAAGCAGCUGGGAUCCUCGGCCGUGGACGUGACGGAAGACAUGAUCUCUUGCUUAAGAGAGAAUGCACCGCCAGAGAUUUUUCUAGAUGAUGUGUUUGUGUGGAGCCAAGUGUUUGACGGCAGCGGAGGAGGUGCGGAGAGGAUGUGUGAGGAAAUGGGAGUGCCGUUUCUUGGGAAAGUUCCUUUGGAUCCACAGCUUUGCAGAGCAGCCGAGAGAGGUAAGUCAUGCUUUGAGGGUAACAAGUGUUCUGUCAGCGCACCUGCACUUAAGAGCAUCAUAGAGAAAGUCAUUGCUUCCAUAAAUAUCAAGGAAGACCUCAGCACUGGUGGUGGAGAGAAAAAAGAAACCCCAUAAAUUUGAAGUGAGAGCAGCCUUUUUGUUUGUUUUUAUGUUUUUAUGUAGUUUUAUAGGGGCAUUACUUCACAUGUUUAGUAUGAGAUAUUGAACCAUCAUGGCCAAUUCUAUGCUUAAUCUUUUAUCACUGACAAAGGUUUCUAU